AUGAACGGCUUCGCGCCUCCUUUCCCUCAGCCGGCUUCGGCCUGGCAAGAGCACAAGACGCCAGAAGGCCGGGCCUACUAUUACAACAAUGUGACCAAGGUGACGCAAUGGACCAAGCCGGAGGAGAUGAUGAGCGCGGCAGAGCGCGCUCUGCAGUCCCAGCCAUGGAAAGAGUAUACCGCAGAGGGGGGUCGCAAGUAUUGGUACAAUACCGAGACGCAACAGAGCUCUUGGGAAAUGCCCGAAGCAUUCAAGAAGGCUCUAGGUUCGACUGGUGGGCCGAGCAACCCCGUUCCCCAGACUACUCCAUACGCACAGGGUGGCGGUUAUCCAGCUGCAGGACAUGACUAUCAACGCGAUUCCCGCGAUGCUCGCGAUUCCCGUGACAAUCGAGAACCCUAUCCCGAAUCUCGCCAGUUGACAUAUGGAAAUGAUUCCAAGUCACAGCAAGCCUUCGUCCCCGCCACGAAUGAUCCGGAAUACGCCACUCUCGAAGAGGCCGAAGCAGCUUUUGUUAAACUGCUGAAACGAAGCGGCGUCCAGCCAGACUGGACUUGGGAGCAGACCGUUCGUGCCAUUGCUCGGGAUCCCCAGUUUCGUGCUAUCAGGGACCCAAAAGACAGAAAAGAUGCCUUCGAGAAGUACUGCCAGGACGUCAUCCUCCAAGACAAAGAGCGUGCCAAAGAGAGGCUGACCAAAUUGCGUGGUGACUUCGAGACGAUGCUGAAGCGGCACCCCGAAAUCACCCACUACACUCGAUGGAAGACGGCUAGACCUAUGAUCGAAGGAGAGACCAUUUUCCGUUCCACUAAUGAUGAGGACGAGCGUCGCCAGCUCUUCGAGGAGUAUAUCAUCGGUCUUAAGAAGGCUCACAAAGAACAGCAGGCUAGCCAGAAGAAGAGUGCCAUGGAUGGCCUGAUCGACUUGCUCCCCAAGCUCAAUCUCGAGCCAUACACUCGCUGGGCGGAUGCUAGAGACAUCAUCUCUGGCACCCCGACCCUCCAAGAAAAUGAAAAGUAUAGAACCCUCAGUCAAUUUGACAUAUUGACUGCUUUCCAAAAUCACAUGAAAGGUUUAGAGCGAGCCUUCAUUGAGUCUAAACAGGAGGAGAAGAGUCGAAGAUUCCGCAAGGAACGCAAGGCCAGAGAUGCUUUUAAAUCCCUGCUAGACUCUCUCCGCAAGGACGGCAAGAUCAAUGCUGGCACCAAAUGGAGUCAGGUCGGAUCUACCCCUCAAGAGCUCUUUUGGGACGUGGUGGAAGAGGAAGAGCGGUCGCUGCGCGGUCCACGAAAUGAUGUGCUCGAUGUCCUCGAAGAUAAGCGGUUUGAACUCACCCCAACUAGUGAUCUUGAGGAAUUUCUGUCCAUCAUGAAAGAUGAUCACCGUACGGCUAACAUUGAUCGUGACACGCUCGAACUUAUUUUCAAUCGCCUGCGUGAGAAGCGCGCCUCGAAGCGCGAAGAUGAGAGACAACCGGAUCGACAGCAACGUCGGGCCAUUGAUGAUCUUCGUGCUUAUAUUAAGCGUCUCGAGCCGCCAGUCGCGCUGAGCGAUACUUAUGAAAAGGUACGACCUAGACUACUGAAAUCAGACGAAUUCCAAGCAGUCACUUCGGAAGAGUUCCGCCGAAGUGCCUUUGAAAAACAUCUCCGCAGAGAGGUCUCGAGGCGUGAAAGGGAUCGAUCUCGUGGCGAGCGUUCACAUCGUGUUGGUGGCCGUGGCGGUCGGCGCAGCCGUAGUCCGGAGCCCGACGCGUACGAGGCAGACCGGCGAAAGGCGAUUGCUGAGCGUGAGCGAAACCAUCGCAAGUCGACCAUGGCAGAGAACCUCUUAUCGACUGACCGUGGUCGACUUUCGCCCCCGCCAUCACGCCGUGAACGAGAUCGUGAACGCGAUCGUGAACGCGACCGAGAUCGUGACCUGGAUCGUCCCCCCCGUCCCAGGCGCGAUGACGACGCCUUCUAUGAUCGCGAGCGCAGAGACCGGGAGGAUGAGAGAGAACGUCUCUAUCGCCGUCGCGCCGACCGAGGUUCGUAUGAUGAGCUCCCCUAUGGAGAUGAACGCCCAGCAGCUCCUCGACGUCGUCGACAGGAAGAGGAAGACGAUUAUGCCCGCCGGGAUUCCCGGGAUUCAAAGAGACUCAGGAGAGAUCGAUCACGUGAGCGUUCCCCCCCUCGUGAUGGACGUCAACGCAACAGGACCCCAGAACCAGCCAAGGAUGUUCGAAGCGGCAGCGAAGAGGGUGAGAUUGAAGAAUAA